UAAAACAAGUCAUCACAGAAUGCAGGGAAAUUACUUCUAAACUAAUAGCUGGUUUAAUUUCUAAAGUUGAAUAUGCUCAGAUAAAAAUUCCAAAAAUAAAAUAAUUAAAGCUGGGAAUGAGAAAAAAAUAAAUAUUUUGGACAGAUUUGCCUUUGUCCUGGCUGUGGCCAUGCAGAUGUCUGUGACUGCAAAGAUUUAUAGAUAAUUGAAAAUAUCUCUAUGGCAGCAACAUUUCUGGAGAAGGCUGUGGACCAGAGUUGAAUAGGGUUGUUUCCCUUAGUGAAGCAUUCUCUCUCAGAGGAAGGUCUUGCAUGUUCCCUCAUUGAUCACUAAGUUCUAGAGAGUCAGGAAGCUUUAAAGUUGUUUACCAACUAGGGUGGCGAUGUUCUUCACAGAGCUAGGACAACUAACGCAGUGAGACAACUCUAUUUCUCUUUCUUGUCUGGUUUUGAUGUGCAACUUACUAAAAGGAGAUACGCCUGCUUAGAGGAAAACAAGCCCUUCCUCAUUUAUGUUGUGUGCAGUGGAAAUGUCAGCUCGUGACUUAAUAGUCUCUAUUACAUGUUAACUUGCCAGAUCCCCUGAAUUAUUUACUGGUCAGUGUGUCUGAAUUUCAGCUUGAAGUGGCCAGUCUGGUGAUUCAAAUUGCAGACAAAAUGUGAUAGUAAUUCUGGGAGCUGUAUGAUUUAUCUCUUACCAUAUCUACCACCAUAUUUCCCUUAGGGUUGGGGAGUGGGGUGGUUGGGUCAUUAAGGGAGAGGUUACAUGUCUCCUUGAAGCCAGAAAUCAUUUGUUUGACUCAUGUUUUGAAAUGUUGAAUCGGUUGCUCCGUUAAAAGUCAGUGGAUAUUACAUCCAAAUGUAAUUUUCCAGCUUUUCUUAGAAACAACCGGUUGAUCUAGUGACACGGAGCUGCCAUUCCUACAUGGAAGCCAUUAACUGGAAUAGAGUGCUAGUCGCCUCCUUUGGAUGAUCCAGUCUGCUGCAAUCCACACCAAUCUUUAUUCUAUUGCAUGGACCUGUUUGAUUGAUUUAAAUUACCUGACUGGCCCUUGUAGACUUUUGAUUUUUAACUUCAGGUUUAGGGCAAUCAAGUGCAGCUUGUCUGUUAACACUUUCACCCUCAUCUAAUGCAAAAAUCUCUAUUCCAGGAAUCUCUACCCCUGCUAGUAGUCCCCAGACCUGUACUUUCACUGCUCCUCCGAUAAACAGGAUAUUGCUAAUUGUUGAAAAGCUCCUGUUGAUGGAGCUGUGCAAUCUGGGCCCACAUAGAACAUGUUUAGGACCUUUUUGCACAGAACUAUGGCUGUCACAUGCUGUCUGAGUUUUCCGCAUAGUAAACAUUCCUCAUUUGUUCAGCAGCUCCUCCUGUGACUUGCUGCCUUGUUCCCUCAUCAUUCUGGUUAUUUUGGGGUUGUUGUCUCUUGGCAUGAACCUUUACUUGUUAAAAGACUUAAAGCCCCACCAAUUCAACAAGAUGUGGUCUAACUGGUGCAGAAUGCAGUGGGAGGCUGACCUCCUAUUCUCUAAGAUGUUAUACUUUUUUCUUAUAACUGAAGAUGUCUUUAGAUUUUUCUUGGCCAAUCCAUUGUGUUUUUAAAUUUACUUUCAGGGCUUAUUUUCCAGUUAGAUUCUUCCUGUUCAUUUACAGGAGAACUGUUCAAUAUACAGCUUGAGAGCAGUGGUUUUCAGCUGAAGAUGAUUUUUGCCCCUACUCCAGGGGACAUUUGGCAAUGUCUGGAGACAUACUAUUUAGUUGCCACAACUGGGGUGUGCCAAUGGCAUCUAGUGGAUAGAGGCCAGGGAUGCUGCUAAACACCCUGCAAUGCAUAGGACAGCUCCCACAACCAAGACUUAUCAGCCCCAAGUGUCAGUAGGGCCGAGCUUAAGACUUCCUACUUUAGAGUCAGGGUGUAGGUUCAGAUCCUGAUUUAGCUACUUCCUGUCUCUGUGACCUUGGGCAUGUUAUUUAACCUCUUUGUCUUCAUUUUCUCAGCUGUAUAUUGAAGAACUCUGAGGACUAAAUGAGUUCAUUUAUAUUUUUAGAAGGGUACCUACCACAGAGUAAGUUAUCAUGAUUGCUAACUGUCGUACAAACACUAUCUUAUUUUUCUUCCUUAUUUUAUUCAUUUUAGUUUGUACAUAUGAAAUCAGAUAAGUGGGUGGGUAAAGUUUGAGGGAUAGCACUUCAUUUCUAAUCUUGCCUGUGGAAUGGGCACUGGUGCAUUUGGAUGUUUUAGGGAGCUAACAGCUCUUCUCAGAACUGCAUUCCUUCCAUGGCCUCCAUUAUCAUUUUUCCUGCUUCUUUCAGUAUUUUCUGCUGUAUUGGGGCAUGUAUGUCAGUUUAAUACUGCAGCCUCCUGGAGAACAUGGACACUGAGUUUGUUAGCGGGAGAGAAUUUGUGCCUGUUGCUUGUACACUCUGUGUCCGGUGCCCCCCAGGUUCCUCCACACCCCAGUCACUGUGGCUUGCACCUGCACAACAGAUUCCUGGGCUGAGCAGCAAUUGGUAGACUUUGGGUAAUAGUAAUAGCAUUCCUCCAAGGGCUCAUAUCCCCAUAACUACCCCAUUAUCGGGGUUCCCCUUUCACAGAUGAGGAGAGAAAAGCAGAAAUUAGGCAAGAACUUAACUGCAGUCACCAAACUAGUAAGCAGCAGAUUCAAGAUUCAAACCUUGGCAGCCAGAAACUGGAGCUGGAUUUCUAAACCACUUUAUUAUUCUAACACAAGGAGACUAAGCUGAAAUUGCUGCUCAGCUCCCAAGAUGGUGCCACCCAAAUUGCAUAACCUUUUCUACCUUUGCGGCUGCCUCACUGUGGUUCAUCCUUUUGACUGGCAAUACCUAAAUCCUGUUGCCCAUAUGAAAUCGUCAGCAUGGGUCAACAAAAUACAAGUAGUGAUGGCUGCUGCAUGCUCUGGCCAAACUAAAAUUCCCCGGGGAAAUGGGCCUUAUUCCAUUGGUUGUACAGACUUAAUGUUUGAUCACACUAACAAGGGCACCUUCUUGCGUUUGUAUUAUCCAUCCCAAGAUGAUGAUCGCCUUGACACCCUUUGGAUCCCAAACAAAGAAUAUUUUUGGGGUCUCAGUAAAUGUCUUGGAAGACACUGGCUUGUGGGCAACAUUUUGAGGUUACUCUUUGGUUCCAUGACAACUCCUGCAAACUGGAAUUCCCUGCUGAGGACUGGUGAAAAAUAUCCACUCGUUGUUUUUUCUCAUGGUCUUGGAGCAUUCAGGACACUUUAUUCUGCUAUUGGCAUUGACCUGGCAUCUCAUGGGUUUAUAGUUGCUGCUGUAGAACACAGAGAUGGAUCGGCAUCUGCAACUUAUUAUUUCAAGGACCAAUCUGCUGCAGAAAUGGGGAACAAGUCUUGGCUCUACUUUAGAACCCUGAAACAAGAGGAUAUGCAUAUACGAAAUAAGCAGGUACAGCAAAGAGCAAAAGAAUGUUCCCAAGCUCUCAGUCUGAUUCUUGACAUUGAUCAUGGCAAGCCAGUGAAGAAUGCAUUAGAUAUAAAGUUUGAUAUGGAACAACUGAAGGGCUCUAUCGAUAGAGAAAAAGUAGCAGUAAUUGGACAUUCUUUUGGUGGAGCAACAGUUAUUCAGACUCUUAGUGAAGAUCAGAGAUUCAGAUGUGGUAUUGCCCUGGAUGCAUGGAUGUUUCCACUGGGUGAAGAAGUAUAUUCCAGAAUUCCUCAGCCCCUCUUUUUUAUUAACUCUGAACAUUUCCAAUAUCCUGCUAAUAUUCUAAAAAUGAAAAAAUGCUACUCACCUGGUAAAGAAAGAAAGAUGAUUACAAUCAGGACUUCAUAAAGAUUUUGAUCAGUGGGACCGCUUGAUUGAAGGAGAUGAUCAGAAUCUUAUCCCAGGGACCAACAUUAA